AUGAGGCCCUGUGGAAAGACUGGUGGUUCCUGCUUGGAGUCUGUCACCGUCUUCGUGAACAACGAUAUUCUCGAGCUCCAGAGAGGAUGGUUGGUUAACAAUAACGGAACGAAGCUCGUCACCAAGAACCGUAAAAAUGAAGAGAUCGUCGUGAAAGGAAAAAACCAAGAUUUCACCUUAAUAUUUGACGGAGCUAUGCUCACUCUCACCGCUAUCCUCGACACCAGAGCGACCGCCACCCCUGGAGUCUACGAACAAGACAAGAUCGUUGUCCGUUGGGAUGGCUUCGUCUCAGUUCAGAUCCAGACACCCAUCAGCACCAGAACUUGUGGAAUGUGCGGUAACAACGACGGCAGACCUGAGAACGAUAUGACAACUCGUCGUCGUAAGAUGACCGACAAUGUAGACGAGUUCGGAAACAGCUGGCAGAUCGACCCAAUGAGAAGAUGUCCUGAAACCCAGAAAGCAAGAACAUCAAAGGAGGUGUGCGGAGAGAGGUACCAGGAAGUGAAGACGGAGUGUGAGCGAGUGUUCAGCAUCUCCAAGUUCCAGGGUUGUAUCGCAGCUGGACACGACACUGCCCAGUGGGUAGACAGUUGUGUCUACGACGAGUGCGAGGGACUUAUGCAGAAAGAGGAGUUGCCUCCUAAAUGUGUGGUGGCUCAAGCUUAUGCUACUCAGUGCGGUAACCUGUUCUGGCAGAAAGGAGACACUGCUCCUAGGAUUAACAACGAUAUCACCAACUGGGAGAUGGAAGCUGGAUGUCCCGAUGAAGCAAAGAGGUUCCAACCUAUCCUGGACACGGGAUGUCCCCAACCUACUCUCGAGGAGGAACUCGCUGGGACCUUCUAA